CCCCAUUAGUGGAAGUAGACGCGUGACAUAAUGUAAUUAUGUCUUAAAACCAGUGCGUUUACCUUCAAUGUUAUUUCUAACCAUGUCGCUAGAGGGCGGUAGUGAUAGCUAGGGAAGUGCUAGCAGUUAGAGUCAGAACCAAAGAAGAAACACAGCUUGGCUGGGAAAGAAGUGAGACCUGCAGUUUCUUUAGUGUCAACAUGCAGACGCCCGUGCAGUCCAUCAUCCACAGUGGCUACUUCCACCCAACCCUCAGACACUGGCAGACCUGUGCCACGGAUUUAAGAGCGGAAAGUUUGAUAUACCCUAUUUUCAUCACAGACAGUGUUGAUGCUGUGGAGCCCAUUGGUAGCCUGCCUGGACAAGCCAGAUAUGGGGUAAACAAACUUGAAGGAAUGCUGCGGCCACUUGUUGAGAACGGCUUGAAAUGCGUGCUGAUCUUCGGGGUCCCUGCAAAAGUUGUCAAGGAUGCCAGAGGGUCAGGGGCAGACACAGACGACACACCAGCCAUCACAGCGGUAAAAACGAUCAGAUCUUUGUUUCCAGAACUGCUGGUGGCAUGUGACGUCUGCUUGUGUCCGUACACGAUACAUGGUCACUGUGGUAUCCUCAAUGAAGAUGGUUCUCUUGACAAUGAUGCCAGCUGUUUGAGACUGGCAGAAGUGGCACUGUCCUACGCCAAAGCUGGUUGUCACAUAAUUGCUCCUUCUGAUAUGAUGGAUGGCAGAGUCGGAGCAAUAAAACAAGCUUUGCUGUCUAAUGGUUUGGGAAACAAGGUGUCAGUGCUGAGCUACAGCGCCAAGUUUGCCUCCUGUUAUUAUGGUCCCUUCAGAGAUGCUGCACAGUCCAAACCAGCUUUUGGGGACAGACGCUGCUAUCAACUCCCGCCUGGAGCGAGGGGGCUGGCACUUCGAGCUGUGGAGCGAGAUGUGAAAGAAGGAGCUGACAUGCUGAUGGUGAAACCAGGUCUGCCGUAUCUGGACAUUGUUCGAGAGGUCAAGGACAAGUUCCCAAUGCAUCCCCUUGCUGUGUACAAUGUGUCGGGGGAGUUUGCCAUGAUAUGGCAUGGAGCACAAGCAGGUGCAUUCGAUUUGCGAGCUGCAGUGAUGGAGGCCAUGACUGCCUUCCGCAGGGCAGGUGCUGACAUCAUCAUUACCUACUACACCCCUCAGCUGCUCACCUGGCUGAAGGAGUGAAGAACGAGGCCUUUAGCGUGGACGGUCGGAUGAAGUCGUGAGCUUUAAAACCAAAAAUCUGACAACACCAAUGCAAACAAAACACUUAUUGGUAAACAUUUACUCAUAUUUGCUGGUAUUUUGCAAACUGAGCCAUUAAACAAUGUGAGAUUAUUAUUUCAAAUUAGAAGUAUUCAUCUAAGUCAGGGGUGUCCAAACUUUUUCCGCUGAGGGCCGCACACUGAAAAAUCUAAGCACGCGGGGGCCAUUUUGAUAUUUUCUUAAUUUUCAAAACCAAUACAAUAUACACUUUUUUUUUUAUCCUUUGGGGCUCGCUCAAGUUAGGUCCUAGGGACCCAGAAGGGUUUCAGUCUUAUAAAAGGUUAAAAAUAAGUCACCCAAUUUUUUGGGGCAAAAAUACAACAUAUACAAUAUUUUUCCCAAAAAGAUUUUCAAAGUGGAAUAUUUGAUGUGAAGUAAUUUGAUCCCUAAAUAGGUCAAUAAUUCAUAGCAAAAUUUAUUUUAAUUUAUUUCUAUUAUUAUUAUUAUUUUUAGCAAAGGCAGGUGUUUUUUAAUUCCACUAAAAUGUUUAAUAACAGUCAAUAUAAUAAUUAGUACAAUUAGUAUUAGUAUAUAAUUUGUAUGUAUUUUUAAAAAAUCAUUUUCACAUUUUUCGUGUUUUUUUUGUUUGUUGUAUUUGUGUCCUUUUUGUCCUUAAAUCAGUAUAUAAUUCAUAGCAACAUUGAUUUUGACUCAUUAUUUUUUGAAAAAUUAUUUAAAAAAUCGUGUUAUUAACGUCAACAAUGCAACUUUUUUUCUCGUUGCAUUUCACCUAUUUACUCUUUUAUUCCACGUUUUAAUGUUUAAAAAAAAAAAAAGUUUUAGUAUUUUUAGAAUGAUGUGCCGCGGGCCGGUAAAACAUGAGCUGCGGGCCGCAAAUGGCCCCCGGGCCACACUUUGGACACCCCUGAUCUAAGUCUAUAGGCACGAAUUGAUGAAGCCUACUCUGAUGCGCGGUGAAACGUCUUCCAAGACAAACCAAACAGUCCAGUUGCGAUCGAUAGAAUGCCCUGAGAUGACUGACCUGGAUGAAUGACAACAUUUAUAGACGUAUUAUGACAGAGGUGUCAAAGUCAAGGCCCGCGAGCCAGAUCCGGCCCGCGAAUGAAUUAUCUAUGGCCCCCGGGAUGAUAUUUGAUUAAUAUUAGAACCGGCCCGCAGGCCACAGCCGCCUGCAGCUGUUUUGCAUGCACCAAUACUCCAUCAGUGUUGGUGCUAGGAAUUUUCCAAAUGGGGACCCCAUCAAGUCAUAAAAAUGGGGUCCCACAGUACAUUUUUGGGGUCCCACUUUUUUGUAACCGUUUUGAAAACAAAUGAUAAAUGUAUGUAUUAUCCUGUUAUACCUCACAUUCUAUAUUGUGUUUUGGAAAAAGGUUGGGAUAAACGUUACUUAAUUCAUUAAAAAAAAAUUAUGCAAAAGAAAACAAUUUUCUGUGCAUAUGUCAAUUUAUUCAGUUAUAAACAUUCAUUCACUUUCUUCUUUCCUUCACGGAUCUAAACUUUACCGCUGCCGGUAUCGUUUUCUAUAUUCUCAUUGUAAUAUUUUCAGAAUGUGUUUGUUCUAUUUUUGGCCAAAGUAAGACAAAGAAAACAAUCUGAAGUUGUCUUUUUUGUUGUUGUUUUAAGGCCAUGAUUUUAAUAGUCCGGCCCGCGUGUGCUCAGAUUUUCCUCCUUGCGGCCUCUGAGCUAAAAUGAGUUUGACACCCCUGCAUUAGAAGUAUGUUUCUACACCGAGAAUGCCAGGCAGUCACCGUAUUGUUGUUUCUUGUAACAAUUUGUCAUUGGGAUUAUUUUUUUAUAAAUUACAUGAUGUAAUGAAAUGAACUUUUAUGACCCAAAUUAAACUUUAUAUUCAGAGUUCUAUUGCUGGUGAGUAUGUGAGAGAAUGCCAACUCAGUGGUCAAUAAAACACAUAAUAUACACAAAUGACUAUAGAGCAGUUUAUUGGUAUUUAACAGUGUGUAUUAAUUUGAUCUUCAAAUAAUACAUUUUUACUAACACAGUACAAUAUAUUCCUUGUAGGAUCUACUUCUGGGCAUUCUAGUGUUGUUCAAGUCUAGACGCUGUUGUGUUAGUGUUGGCAGUAACACCGUAGAGUUCCCCUGCCUGACCGUGCAAAAAUGAAACAUAUUUAGAGAUAUGACUUUGCUAGUCUUAAACAAGGCUUGUCUUGUUAGCCAUGCUGCUUUUAUGUCUACGUUGAUGUUUUCUCAAUCAAUACACCUUUGCCAAUCACAUUAUCAGAUCAACAAACUCUUAAUUUACAUCAUGCAUCAUCUUUUCUAUACAGUACACAAUAUAAAAUAAUUCUUACAGACCAGGGGUGGGCAAUUAAUUUUUUUACCGGGGGCCGCAUGAGCAACCCGAGCACUGCUGGAGGGCCACAUCGACAAUAUUUCAAUUACAUUUUGCUCAAUAUUAUUUUUGAUAUAUACUGUAAGAUAACUAAUAAUAAUAAUGAUAAUAAUAAUACUUUCAUUUAUCCUAACUUAACUUUAUACCAAAAGCACUGCUUUGGAAAUCAUUUGUACCCCUUUCAGAGAUCACAUUUAGUUCCCCUUAAACAUCCUCAUGUUGCACAAUGAAAUGUAAGCAUAGGAUGAAGUGUGCAUUCCUGUAACUUUCUCUAUUAACAGCAUUCCAUAAUUAAUAUCAAUAAAUUAACAUUAAUAAUAAAUGACAGUAAAAUAAACACACGUAUGACUGAGGAGUCAUAGUGUAACUUUGUGUGGUGUUUGAGUUGUCCGACUUUUUGUGUGGCCAUAAACGCACCAGUGGUUUAGUGGUAUGAGUGUUGGUGACAGAUGACAAGUUGGUUUUGGCCUGGUUUGUACGGCAGAAAAUGACUAGUUUUUCGAGAUAGGAGUGUUUUACUCAUGUUUUUGGUGUCGUUAUGGCCGAAUAUAAACAGUUUUGCUCAAUAGAGUGAUCGAUAUAAUUCCUGGCCUCGAAACAUUUCGAUAGACGUUACAAUAAUUGAACGGUGUUCAAUUGAACGGUGUUGACGAACACCGUUAGGGCCGCUUGUUGUCACUCAGUUGCAUUGCAAAAUUACACAGAAUAAAUGUGUUUAUUUUCUUUAGAAUUCAGAUGG